AUGGCUGCGCCCGACCCCGGCACCGACACCGGCCAGACUGGCGCUGGUGGAGGCAUGGACUGGCAGACGCCGCUGUCCGCCGGCCUCGGCUUCGCCUACUCGUCCGUCCUGCUCCUCGCCUCGGGCCUCUACCGGCUGCUUGCCUGGGUCGUCGUCCGUGUCCCCGGCUACCUGUACCGGGCCCUGUCCGUCGUCGCCACGCCCCUGACGUACCCGCUUUACUACGCCUACCGCCUGCUGCUUUUCUUGCUGUCGCCGCUUUGGGCAAUCGGUAGGGUAGUUGCCGGAGCUGGCGCCUGGGUCGUGGGGAUGGCCAUCAAGCUCAAGUAUCUUUAUGUAUACUUCACAGUUGCUGCGCUCAUAGGCAUCGCAGCAGCCUGCAUGGUGCACGGGACGAGCACGGUGCUCUUUCUGCUCCUGCGGAUCGACCGGUCAACCGCGGCGUCGACGUCGUUCCCCGGCACCAAAGCCAACUAUGGGGCCUCGUCGCGGAAGCAGCUGCAGGAGUCCGCCGCGGCGGCGGCGACGACGGCGACAACCACGGCGGGAGAGUAUGACUACGACGCGGCCUCGGACGCCUCGUCCACCCCCGACGACUUCGACACCCUGCCCGAGCUGCACCAGGGCGACCGCCCCGUCAUGACCGACGCCCUGUGCGAGCUGGCCUUCCGCCGCGCCAAGAGCACCCGCCUGAGCCCCCUCAGGCCGAGCCGGAGGUUUAGGGGACUGCUGGCCCAGACCAUCCACGAGGAGAGCAGCGAGUCCGAGUCUUGA